UGACGUGCCAGCCAUAUGGGCCUGGCAUCAGAGCUGGUAUGUAACCCACCCAGUCCUGCCUCUGAGGAGCCACACGGAUCCCUCCACGCGUCUGGGCUGGGGGCAGCAGCAGCAGCAGCAGACAGAGAGGAGAGAGAGAGAGAGAGAGAGAGAGAGAGAGAGAGAGAGAGAGAGAGAGAGAGAGAGAGAGGCGUGAGAGCAGAACGCAGCGCGUCGCCUGCACAAGCAUCCCUGCGCGGGGCGUGUGGACGAGAUGCCCACCCGGAGCGACAUGGUGUAAACAAACCCGCUUUGCCCCGUCACCGAGCUCCACCAACGGAGGUUGUUUCUACCACGAUGUUGAGCCGUCUGUUCAGCGAGGUCCUGCCGGACGUCCAGAGGCUUGCGGCGGACUGGGUGGAGGACAAUGAGACCGAGGACUGCAAGACCAAGGACGACGAUCGCGACACCCUCGACGAGGACGACCUGGACGAGCCCCUGGAAGGCAGCAGCCGAGCGGAGUCCGAGAUGGCCUGCGACGACGACGAGGACGACGAGGCCGAGGAGGGGGAGUGCGACGAGAACAGCGGCGACAAGCCCAAGAAGCGCGGCCCCAAGAAACGCAAAAUGACGGCGGCGCGCGUCCAGCGCUCCAAGGUGCGUCGGAUGAAGGCGAACACGCGGGAGCGCACGCGCAUGCACGACUUGAAUUCGGCGCUGGACAACCUGCGCAAAGUGGUGCCGUGCUACUCAAAAACCCAGAAACUCUCCAAGAUAGAGACUCUGAGGCUGGCCAAGAAUUACAUCUUGGCCCUUGGGGAGAUUUUACGCAACGGGAAACGGCCAGAUGUGGUGGCCUACGUGCAGAUGCUGUGUAAAGGCCUGUCCCAGCCGACCACCAACCUGGUGGCAGGCUGUUUGCAGCUCAACACCAGAAACUUCCUGACCGAACCGUGUUCCGAUGGAGCCCGCUUCCACAUGCCCAGCUCUCCCUUUUCCGUCCACCCGUACUCCUACCGGUGCUCCCGCAUCUCCAGCCCGCACUACCAGCCCGGCAGCGGUGCGCUUAACGUGCGGGGCCAAUCCUACGGUUCCGGCUACGAGGGCGUGUACCCGCCGGGUGGGACGUCCCCGGAGUACAGCAGCCCGGACUACGAGGCCCCGCACAGUCCGCCCGUCUGCCUGAACGGCGGACUGUCCGGCCGGCAGCAGGCUCCCUCUGAGGCGGACAGGAACUAUCAUUACUCUAUGCAUUACUCCGGACUGGCCACGUCUCGGCCCGGCCACAGUGCACCGUUCGGGCCCUCGGGGGGAGCGCGCAGCGGCGGUUCGCACUCGGAAAACAUUCCACCUUUCCACGACGGGCACUUGCAUCACGACCGGGCGGCUCCGUACGAGGAUCUCAAUGCUUUUUUCCACAACUGAGCCUUCACAAUCAGGCGCAUUACGCCCCUUAUGACAAUCCUAUAUACCGUGUAUCGUUUGUUGGGGAAACAAGAGAAGCAUCCGAAAGGAUGAAAGAUGCAGUCCUAUGAUUACCUUCUGUAUUCUGUAAGUCAUCCCUAAGCUGUUGUACAUCCUAUCAACGUGUGCCCAGUGAUAUCCUGUAUGCAGAAUGAGCGCAAUUGACCUAAAAGAUGUAUAGGCCUAAACAUGUUAUGACUCAAAGAACAGAAAUAAAAAAAAAAAAUGUUUUACAACUGUCUGA